AUGGCAUAUAGUUUGACAGAGGGAUGGGCGGAGGGAUUGGCGGAGGGAUGGGCGGAGGGAUGGGCGGGGGGAUGGGCGGGGGGAUGGGCGGAGGGAUGGGCGGGGGGAUGGGCGGGGGGAUGGGCGGAGGGAUGGGAGGAGGGAUGGGCGGAGGGAUGGGCGGAGGGAUGGGCGGAGGGAUGGGCGGGCCUGGAGACAGCAUGGGAGGUGGUAUGGGUGGUGGAUUCCUCUCUUGCUUUUGAGGUGCCUCAAAAGGAUUCCUCUCUUGCUUUUGAGGCGCCUCAAAAGGAUUCCUCUCUUGCUUUUGAGGCGCCUCAAAAGGAUUCCUCUCUUGCUUUUGAGGCACCUCAAAAGGAUUCCUCUCUUGCUAGACCUGUGCCUUGUUGGUAA